AAUCAGAGACGUGGAGGCCGUAUUUAUUUACGAAUUACGAUACGAGGGCAGAUCUUUUUCCCUCUUUUCUCCUCUCCUCUUCCCUCUCUUUUUUCUUCCCUCCUACUCCUUGUAUCUUCGCUCGCGAGGUCCUGAUUUUCGACGAUUCUGUUUAAAAUCUUCGAGAAAGUUGGUCUGCAAGAAUAUAUUGAGUAAAAUUUUCCAUAAUGGCUGGUCAAAGGAAUAGCCAUGGGAAGCGUUCCCAUUCUCAAUCUGAUUAUUCUGAUAAUGGUGGAAGUAAGAGGCGCAACCCUGGUGAUGAUAAGGAUCAAUAUGCCCCUGGACCCGAUGAUACUGUCUACCGAUAUUUAUGUCCAGGGAAAAAGAUUGGAAGUAUCAUUGGGAGGGGAGGUGAGAUUGUUAAGCAACUAAGGGCAGAAAGUCAAUCAAAGAUUAGGAUUGGUGAGACUAUGCCUGGAUGUGAGGAACGUGUUGUCACAAUCUUUAGUUCAAGCCAAGAAACUAAUGCACUCGAAGAUACUGGAGACUUUGUUUGCCCUGCACAAGAUGCUCUCUUUAGGGUGCAUGACAGACUUGUUGCAGACGAGGUUCCUGCUGAUGGAGAUGUUGAAGAGCCUCAGCAAGUUACUGUUCGGCUGCUUGUACCAUCAGACCAGAUUGGAUGCGUCAUUGGGAAGGGUGGUCAGAUAAUUCAAAAUAUACGCACUGAAACUGGUGCUCAGAUUCGCAUUCUAAAGAAUGAGCAUCUCCCUCCUUGUGCCUUGAGCACUGAUGAACUUCUCCAGAUAUCUGGGGAAGCUGCUGUUGUAAGGAAGGCUCUUCAUCAAAUAUCAUCUCGGCUUCAUGACAAUCCCUCUCGCUCUCAACACCUGCUGAUUUCUGCCAUGUCAAACAUGUAUCAGUCAGGUGGUCCGUUUGCUGGUUCAAAUGCAGGUCCCCAAAUUGUUGGCUUAGCUCCAUUGGUUGGUGCCUAUGGUGGAUAUAAAGGUGACUCAGGAAGUGAUUGGGCACGCUCCUUAUAUCCUGGUCGAAGGGAUGAAACCUCUGCAAAGGAGUUUUCUCUCCGUUUGAUUUGUCCAACUGGAAAUAUUGGAGGAGUUAUUGGGAAAGGUGGAUCAAUCAUCAAGCAAAUCAGGCAGGACUCUGGGGCCACUAUCAAAGUUGAUAGUUCUGCUGCUGAAGGAGAUGAUUGCAUAAUAUCCAUCUCAGCAAAGGAGUACUUUGAAGAUCCAUUUUCUCCAACAAUUGAUGCAGCAGUGCGCUUGCAGCCCAAAUGUAGUGAGAAAGCUGAUAAAGAAUCGGGUGAUUCUCCAAUCACAACUCGGCUACUUGUGCCAAACUCACGUAUUGGAUGCCUUAUUGGUAAAGGUGGAGCUAUCAUUACUGAGAUGAGAAAACUCACUAGAGCAAAUAUACGCAUACUUUCAAAGGAAAACCUUCCAAAAGUUGCAUCUGAAGAUGAUGAAAUGGUUCAGAUCACUGGGGAGCUUGACAUUGCAAGGAAUGCUCUCAUGCAUGUAACCACACGGUUAAAAGCCAACUUUUUUGAGAGAGAAGGUGCUUUGACUGCAUUUCCACCAGCUUUUCCUUACCUUCCCAUGUCAGCCGAUGUUCCAGAUGGUUCAAAAUAUGGCAGUAGGGAUGGUAAAUCACAUGGACGAGGAUACUCCUCUUAUUCUCUUGGAUAUGGUUCAAGUGAUAUGGCCCCUAGUGACAGUUAUGGUGGUUAUGGUGGCUCACAGAGUGGAAGUGGUUAUGGAGCAUAUGGUAGCUAUUCUUCUGCCCGGUCUGGUAGUACAGGGUUAUCUGGUCAGAAUCCUGUUUCCCAUGUGAAACAUCAUGGUUAUUAGUUCCUCAUGAGUAGGGCCUGCAGGUAGAUAAUUGUCUUUUUCCUUAACGCUUUUAUCCUUUCUAUAACAUAGCAAGCUGCUUUGAUGUAUGCUAGUCACAUUAUACUAUAUGGAAAUUUGCUAUCUUAACCAACCCAGACCUCCUAUAUUUAGAAUUCUAAUACUCCUGUUUUACCUUUGUUGCCUUCCCUUCCCAUUAAAACAGCUGAGAUCUACGAAGCCUGAAGCCAGCCUACUGCCUCUUUUGAUGAAGCCUCCAGCCUAGACCUGAAGACCAGAUGAAAAGGGUUUGAGAAACUUAUGGCCCACCUAUGAAGCUUUGUUUAGGAGGACCAACAUUUUCUGGAGAUUACCAUUCAGUCCUUUUGCAGCCUUGAUACCACAUCUUACUAAGCUAUUAUAUUGUUUGAGCCAAGGGCCGCAGUAGCCAGAAUGCUUUUAUUAGUUGCAGUAACUUAUUCACUUCUGUAAAACUUCGUGUACUUGGUAUCCGUGAAACUUUUAUUUGGUACUUGUACCAGUAUCUUGGCUUUAAUAAUAUUAGAUCUCAUCUGUAUGGGUUGGUUAUGUCUGAAUUUCUAGGAAACAGUGAGCUUAGGUGGUACUGUUGUAGAACCUGGGGAACCCUAGGAAAGUUAGACAAAGUUGUGGUGGAACUUAAUUUGUUUUGAUGAGAUGUGGGCAUUGAAAAGUAAUAUGUAGUGUAAUGUAUUGCUUGGUAUUUUUCCUCUUAAAUUUGUCA